GCGUGACGUGGCAUUAAAUGUAGUGGACGGGACGCUUUCUUCAACAGCUAAUCAGCCACCUCGGUAUCUUGCUAGCCAACAUAGCCGAAACGUUGGAGCGCUUUAGACGUUUUCGGUGUAUAUUAGUCAUUGUGUUUUAAACACACGUCUGUCGUAUCUCCUAGUUAACCAAUUCCACCACCCCGUAUUUAUAUUGUUAGUUAGCUAACUUAGCACAAGGCUAGUGGCUUAUGCUAACUAGCUAGCUAAAAUCCCUGACCAUGAGCUCACCAAGGUACUCCCCGCCUGCUAAAGAAGAGGACGUCUGCUGGACCGAGAAACAGGGUCUGUGGCUUAAUAUUGUCGUGAAAGAAGAGGAGGAAGAGAAGGAUGUCACAGUGAAAGGCGAUGAAGAAGCUUCCAGAGUGAAAGAGGACGAGACUGGAGAUCUGAUUAACACCACAGGUGAAAGACCAGACUCUCACAGAGGGAAAAGUCCUUCAGGGGAACCAGACCCACAGAAGACCAAACCAGCAAGACCACACCACUGCUCCCAGUGUGGAAAGUGUUUUAGACACUCGGGGAACCUGAAAACGCAUGAGAUGAUACAUACAGGAGAGAAGCCAUAUCAAUGCUCCCACUGUGGAAAGGGUUUUAGACUCUCAGGGCAUCUAAAAGUGCACGAAAGAACACACACUGGAGAGAAGCCAUAUCUAUGCUCCCAGUGUGGAAAGGGUUUUGGACACUCGGGCAAUCUAAAACUGCAUGAAAGAACACACACUGGGAAGAAGCCAUAUCUAUGCUCCCAGUGUGGAAAAGAAUUUUUCUCAUCUGGGGACCUGAAAAAACAUGAGAGAACGCACUUAGUAGAGAGGCCUUUCCAAUGUGACCAAUGUGGAAAGAGAUUUAUUCAGUCAGCGCAUCUGAGAGAUCACGAGAGAAUACACCCAGGAGAACAACCAUUCCAAUGCUCCUUGUGUGGGAAAAGUUUUACCCAUUCAUGGAACCUGAAAAUGCAUGAGAUGACACACACAGGAGGGAAGCCUUUCAGCUGCUCCCAGUGUGGAAAAAGUUUUAGCCAGUUAGGGACCUUGAAAACGCAUGAAAUGACACACACAUGAGAAGGAGAGAGCCUUUCCACUGCGGAGAGGUUUACUUGGUUAGGUAAUCUGAAAACGCAUGAGAGAACACACAACAGGAGAGAUGCCUUUCCACUGCUCCCAGUGUGGAAAGAGUUUUUUAGAAAUUGCAGGGAACCUGAAAGUGCAUGAACGAGGACACUAUGGAGAGAAGCCUUUCCAAUCUUCUCGGUGUGGAAAUACAUUUUCCCUGUCAGAGGACCUGAAGUCACAUGAGAGAAUACAGGCGCUGUGUUCCGACUUAUAUCUUUGACUUCAGAUAUUGUGUUUUGGUUUUAUGCCACAUCAUAUCCACGUAUACGAAAGCUUUUACUCAAAAACAGGGUUGCUUUUGUUUUUCGUUAAGACGUGAAUGAUAACAUCUCAAAUCAAAAUAUAUAUUUUUAAAUGUGUAUUGAUUUAUGAAGUAUAGAUUUGAAUAUUGGUAUUUAAAAACGUAAAUUAUUAUAUAGAUGAAGUAGAAUGUACAUUUCUAGAUUCUAACCUUGAGACCUAUUGGAUAUGAUAUGAUUUGGAUAUGACUAAAGACAUUUGAUUGGAUGCAUGAUUUGGAUAUUGCAAAGUGUAAAUGAUUAGAUCAGGAACAAAACUGGUGGAGAAGCAACAAUAGCAUCAAUAGGUAAGUAUACCAGUUUAAUUUGAGUACCAGGAUGUUGACAUAGUGUUUUUUUUGGGGGGGGGGGCUAUGUGUGGGUCUUGGAUGGUUGGUGGCCUGGCGUUUGGGACCUUGGGCCGGUGGCCCGAGAGGUUGCUGGUUUGGGUCCCUGAUUCGACUGGGUGCGAGAUCUGUCAAUUUGCCCCUUGGCGUGGCGCUUGACCCUAGUUACUGUUGUGGGUUGCUUUGGAUGGGAUUGGCUGCUAGAUGACUGAAUGCAAUGUCAAUAUUGAGUGGCUUCACUGCAGGUAGAUUUGUAUGAUAUUUUUCAAAUUCAAUAAAAUUAAAAAAAUGUAACAUGCA